AAGUAAAUGGUUCAAAUAUGUGUAAGUUGAAAGUCGCUGUUCAAUGUUACCGCCCUUGUAUAAUAAAAUAAAACAUGAUACAAAAAUAAAUUAAAAAUUAUUUUGUUUCUAGAAGUAUCAUUUAAAAAAGAAAAUAAUAAAUAUGGCUUAUGAUCGAGAAGAGUUAAUUGGUGGCCAAUUCAGAGUGUCUAAGAAGAUCAAGUAUACUCUCCUUGUAUUUUCUAUGUUUUUUUGGUUAGUUGGUGGUCUUUUUAUGGCAGUCGGUGGUUAUUCAAUCUCUCAAAAGCAAGGCUAUGAGGAGUUAUCUGACUUUGCCACAGAUCCUGGUGUUAUACUAGCAGUAUUGGGUUGUUUUAUUUUUUUUGUAUCGACAUUUGGCGUUCUUGGUUCUCUUCGUGAAAAUCUUUGUUUAUUAAAGACUUACAAAAUAUUUUUGAUGGUAAUAUUCUGUUUUGAAGUAUUUUGCGGUAUUAUUGCAUUUGCUUUUUGGCCUGAAGUUAAAAAAAUGGUUGACUACAAUUUACAGCAUGCUAUUAAGAAAUACACUGUUAAUUCUGAUUUACGCAAUAUGAUUGAUAAAUUUCAAAGAGAAAUAGGUUGUUGUGGAAGUUUAACAAUUGAUGAUUGGGACAGCAAUCCUUACUUUAGCUGUGAAAACCUUGAGAGUUAUCGCUCUUGUGGUGUUCCCUGGUCAUGUUGUCUUCGCAAGUUUCAAAACAAUCGUCAGUGUGGCUAUGGAGUCAGAAACGAGCGUGUUCAUUUAAAGUUGUCUAAUGAAAUUUAUCAAAUUGGGUGUUUAGAUGCUGGGUUUCAGUUUUUCAAGUCUCAUUUACUUUUGACAGCUGGUCUUGCAAUUGGCUUUACUCUUCCUCUAUUUAUUGGAAUCUUUUUAAGUCACAUGCUUGGUCGUCAGCUACUGAGGUUUAAACCUCAAAAACAGUAAUGUGUUGGAGCGUUUGUUAUAUUAUUAGGAGUGGUGAUCUUUUUUAUCACUUACCCUUUAAUUUGUAUUUAUUGAAACUUUUUGAGAGAUUAGAGUUGUGAUAGAAUUCCAACUUUUUUUAAAUUUCUGUUUAUAUAUUUUAUCUUUAUAAAAUAUUAUAAAUCUGUUUUCAAAGUUUUCUUAUUUUGUUUUUUCUUUUCGAAUCAAGUGUAUAUUUUCACAUAUAAAAAGUUAACACAUUUUUUUAUUGUUACUAUUUAUAUACUUUGUGGGAUAUUAGUUUUUGUGGGAAGUUUAGCAUUUCAUUUUAUUAAUAAUUUUUCUUUUUUGUAUUUUAUAUUAAACUAAAGUAUGUAAAUAUUAUUAUCAUAAGUUUUCACAAUUUUGUAUUUGUAAUUUGGUUAUGAUUUUUAAGUACUGCGGUUUCAAUAUUUUUUUGAAACCAUAAUAACAUAAUAAAUAACAUCUUAAUAAA